AUGUUAUUAGUAAAUGAGGAGGGUUAUGUUUCAAACACACGCUUAUGUGUGAAAGACUUGGUUGAAAAAUCAAAGCCUGGUGGAACAUGGAUAAUACUUGAAUGGGAUAAGACUCAUCGUGCAGUAGGACCAGCUGUUGGUUUGCUAGUAGGGUAUUUGGGAAUAAUUAUUAGAAUGUUUAAAGACUUUCCCAUAAUGUUCGAGAGUUGGAGGGAUAUUCCAGUGGAUAGAAAAACAAAGUUUUAUGAUUCAAAGAUAAAGCGUCAUUUUGUUGUUGAUGAUGGGCAUGACAAAGAUUACAUACUUGCUUCUGCUGCAAAGAAAUGGAAGGAUGGCCGUUGCCAAUUGCGGAAAGAAAAAACACAGAGAAUAGCAAAACAAAAUGUCCAGAAUAGAGGAAAAUUAAAGACUCCGCAUACACUUGGAUCUAAGUCGCUUGCAAGGAAGCAACAUGAGUUGGAAUCAAGAGAUGGCCGAUCAUACAGUAGAGGAGAAAUGCAUGCAGUUUCUCAUAAAAAGUCUAACAGGUCUUUUGUCAAUGAAGAUGCAUACAACAAUGAUUUUAUGCUUAGACAAUUCAAUUGUGUUCUACUAAGUAACUUAGGAACUAAAUGA